CUACUUUUUCUUGAUAUCGACCAUGUUCAGUUGUUUGGCGAUCGUCGGCAAGAGUAACGAGCCUUUGUUCCUCAAGUCCUUCCACCGCGCCCAGGACGGCGCAGGAGCGGCUUCCACUGCUGCUGCUGCUGCUGCUGCUGCUGCUGGUGCUGCUGGCUCUGGCUCUGGAGCGUCUGCAGCAGUCCCAGGCUCGGACUCGGAUCUCAAGUACCACUACAUUGUGCACACUGCACUUGACGUUGUGGAGGAGAAAGUGACGACCAUCACGAAAGUCGCAUCCGAGCUCUACCUCGGCCUGCUGUACCCUGCAGAAGAGUACAAAGUAUAUGGCUACGUUACAAACACUCGCGUCAAACUAAUCGCCGUGUGGGAAGAAGGAAACCCUGCGUUGCGAGAAAUGGACGUGCGAUCGUUCUUCCGAAGACUCCACGAUAUUUACGCAGACAUGCUGUGCAAUCCAUUCUAUACCCCCGGCGACAAAAUCACGGCAGUUUCGUUUGACAAGCAAGUCGCGGCGUUGAAUCAAGCAACCUAAAAUAUGCUUUUUGUUGAUCGGCAGUUUUGAUGCACAUGUUGAAGCAAUUGCAAAUUUGUACAGCAAGAUUGUGCAACAAACGAAACCAACAGCCCAAAAACAA